ACACAAGAUUGAUUAGUGAUUGCUUAAGUAGAUUUUAUUACCGUCUGAAAUUGUAGAUUGAGUCAUUGUUUUCUAUCGAAAUCUUUUUCAGAAAAAGCCAAAUAAUUGUGAACAACUAAAUACUUAUCCUAUAAUUAUUUAUCUAAACAAUGGCCUAAAAUCCCAUUUCUGCCAUACAAAACUUCUAAUUAAUCAGGAAGUCCUUUCUGAAUUAAUAGUCGCCACAGUAUUCUAGGGGUGGGUGGUGCACUGAGGAAAAUGAAUCUGACUAUAUGCAAUAAACAUUUUGGACAAAGAUGACUUUCAUAGAGUAUUCUUGUUACCAAUGUAGAGGAUGUGGGGACAGAGAAAAGCAGAACAAAAAAAGAGAUUUUGCGAUGUUUUCCAUUGUAGUGGAUGUUUUCCAUUUCUUCUAUAUUGUACAGUAUACAGUAGGUCUGAAUCCGUAACCUGAGAGGUUGUUUAUAGGGAUGCAAUCAUAUUUAGGUCAUAGGUGUUGCUUUGACAAAAGGCCAAUGGGAAUGUACUACUUAGCAGAACAAACUGGAGAAGGGGAUUGGGGUAGAUCACAGGAAUUUGAAUGUUUGACCCACUAUGGCUACAAAGGGAAUAAAAUAUAUUCAUGUUUAUCAUAUAAUGUAAUGUAAAUACGUUUUUCCAAUUUCAUCAGUGGGUAAUCGCAGAUAGCUAACAUUCUGCAAUCUGAUGAAAGUGAUACUGCAGAUCACUUAUCAUGCUAUGUUUCAAUCCAUAGAGCUGAUACAGUUUUUCAGUGGAUGGUUUGAAACAUUAAAUAACCUUUAUGGCAAUUCUUGCUGAUUGCACAGACACUUUCUGGGGUGAAAUCUGACCAUCAUUCCCACAUUUCUCCAGCCUGAAAUUGACGUCUUGCACGAGUGAGCUGCAGUGUGUGAAGUGGUGGCCGCUUUCCACUCUCCUUCCAGAGACUUCCACCAACAUCUGGAAGUCACAGCCACGAGUCGCCACUAUGUUGACCGGCUUUUUGACCCUGACCCACAGAACGUGCUGCAAGGAGUAAUUGACAUGAAGAAUGCCGUUAUCGGAAACAACAAGCAGAAAGCCAACCUGAUUGUGCUGGGAGCCGUGCCGAGACUCCUGUACCUUCUCCAGCAGAGCUCAUCCAGUCUCGAGUUGAGGACCGAAUGUGCGGUUGUGUUGGGGAGUCUGGCCAUGGGUACCGAAAACAACAUCAAGUCCCUUGUGGACUGUCACAUCAUCCCAGCCCUGCUACAAGGCCUCUUGUGUUCUGAUCUGAUCUUCACUGAGGCAUGUCUGCGCUGUUUAAGAACUGUUUUCAUCAGCCCAGUCACCCCAGUGCAGCUGCUCUACACCGACCCCACUGUGAUCCCCCAUCUCAUGUCCCUGCUGAGUCGAUCACAGCACACACAAGAAUAUAUCACCCAAAUCUUCGCCCAUUGCUGCAAGACUCCAGAACAUCAGAUGGUUUUAUUUAACCAUGGUGCCAUCCAGAACAUCGCUCCUCUGCUCAUCUCUCCCUCCUAUAAGGUACAGAUGCAGGCAUUGAAAUGUGUCUCAGUCUUGGCCUAUGAGAAUGCUCAGGUUUCCAUGACACUGGUGAAUGUGAUUGUAGAUGGAGAGCAGCUCUCUCAGGUUUUUGUUAGAAUGAUGCAUAGGGACAAACCCAUCGAAAUGCAACUCACAGCCGCCAAAUGUUUAACAUACAUGUCUCGAGCAGGAGCCAUCAGAACAGAUGACAGCUGUAUUGUACUAAAGACUCUGCCGUGCCUUGUGCGGAUGUGCAGUAAAGAACGGUUACUGGAGGAGCGGGUGGAGGGGGCCGAGACACUGGCCUACCUGAUGGAGCCCGACAUAGAACUACAGCGUAUUGCCAGUGUCACCGAUCACCUCGUGUCCAUGCUGGCCGACUACUUUAAAUACCCGAGCUCUGUCAGCGCCAUCACAGAUAUUAAGAGGUUGGACCAUGACUUGAAACAUGCACAUGAGCUCAGACAGGCAGCAUUCAAACUCUACGCCUCGCUAGGUUCCAAUGACGAGGACAUUAGGAAGAAGAUCACAGAGACGGAGAACAUGAUGGAUAGGAUCGUUAGCGGCCUAUCAGAAUCCAGUAUAAAAGUACGGUUAGCAGCAGUCAGAUGUCUACACAGUUUAUCACGAUCCGUACAACAGCUAAGAACAAGUUUCCAUGAUCACGCCGUAUGGAAGCCACUAAUGAAGUUAUUACAGAACGCACCAGAUGAGGUGCUGGUUAUGGCCUCUUCAACACUAUGCAACCUAUUGCUGGAGUUUUCCCCCAGCAAGGAGCCUAUAUUAGAAUCUGGUGUCAUCGAGUUACUAUGCAGCCUCACACAAAGUGUCAGUCCAGCUCUGAGAGUCAACGGCAUCUGGGCUCUCAUGAAUAUGGCUUUCCAGGCAGAUCAGAAGGUGAAGGUGGAGAUUGUUCGAGCUCUAGGCACAGAACAGCUCUUCAGACUGCUGUCUGAUCCUGAUACAAAUGUGCUCAUGAAAACACUGGGGCUGCUACGAAACCUGCUCUCCACCAGACCACAUAUAGACCAGAUCAUGAGCUCACAUGGGAAACAGAUAAUGCAAGCGGUCACUCUUAUCUUGGAGGGAGAGCACAGCAUAGAGGUCAAAGAGCAGACCUUGUGCAUAUUGGCCAACAUCGCUGACGGAAACACUGCCAAGGAGCUCAUUAUGACCAAUGACGAUAUGCUCCAAAAAAUAAAAUAUUACAUGGGUCACUCCAACGUGAAGCUGCAGCUGGCCGCCACUUUCUGCAUUUCCAACCUCAUCUGGAAUGAGGAGGACGGCUCACAAGAGAGACAAGACAAAUUAAGGGAUAUGGGCUUUGUGGAUAUCUUACACAAACUCACCCAAGCGUCAGAUCCUAACCUCUGUGACAGGGCAAAAACUGCAAUGCAGCAGUAUUUGGCAUGACCUUGAAGGAAGCCGCAACUAGGCCCGAACUAACAAUUUCUAGAAGGAUCACGUCUCCUGUGGUUUUGUUUUAGAUCUGAGUUUCAUUUUUGCUCUUCUUUAAUUUUUUGUUGCACAAGACACCUUUUGUUGUGGAGACACCCCAAGCAACUCCGCAAAUCAGAGAUGCGGUCAACAGAGGCCACAGCUCCAGUGGGGAUUUCAGCUACGUUGGCUUAAUGUUUUCGGCGGAACUCUUGGAAAAAAUUGUGUUUGUUUGUUUGUUUGCUUUUUGACGUAAUGUGAAGGAAAGAACCUCAAAGUGUGUUGCAGCGCCAUUUGGUGGUUUGGAGGUUUUGACGCUUUGGACUCCCUUUGGAGAAUGCUGACUGACCUCACAGUGCUAAGCUAACAGGAGCUUAGUCUCCUUAUUUUAAUUAUUAUUAUUAUUAUUAUUAUUUUAAAUUAGGACUUUCACACAAGGAAAGGUUAGGAAAAAAGACUGCUUGAUUCUUUUCUUUUUUGUGGAUACCUCGUAAAUAUUUAAAUAUAAAUAUAUAAAUAUAUUUUUGGGAAUUUUAAUUUACCCUUUCAGGUUGUUUUUCCCCUUUGUGUUUUCCUCUGUAAUAUAAGCUGAUAUGGGUAUGUGAAGAGGCAGCAUGUUGGGUCUUAUACUGACACCGAGCAUUUCAUAGAAACCAUUCAACCCUGAAUAGAAGGUGCAAGUUUGCUUGCACUUACUACUGUUUAUUUAAAAUGUUUUACUCUUUUUAAUCUAUGAGAAUAAGUCUCCUCACAACCAUACCCCUACCCCCAUAACUCCCUGUUUUUGAAUCGCUACAGGGAAUGUUUCCACUCCAAAAUAUGCCAUGGAGCACUCCACUGAUUUCUGUCUUUUUUUCUUGAGUUGGGAAGGAAUAACUUGUCGAAGCCAUGGCUUAGUGACUAGUAUUUUUGCUUUAGACAUAUUGGGCCAAUUGGUACUCAUGUUGGAGACACAGAUUUGAAUCCUGACUCCUUGUCUGUCAAUAAACACAUCAAAAAAGCCCAAAAAUACAAGUUAAAAGAAAUUUUGGGACCGCAGCAACAUAUCUUCAUCAAGGAAUUGGUCCUAGGUUCACUUAAAUAUUCACACAGAUUACAUAAUGAAACUCACCAUACUCAGAAAAAACAGCAGUGAAAACAGUGAUGAAAAUUAGGUGUAGCAUGUACUCACCACCCACUUUAUUAGGAACACAUAUAACACCAAUCUAUUCAUGCAAUUAUUUAAUCAGCCAAUCGUGUGGCAGCAGUGCAUUGCAUAAAGUCAUGCAGAUAUGGUUAAGGGACUUCUGUUAGUAUUCACAUCCACCAUCAGAAUGGAGCAAAAAUGUGAUCUCAGUGAUUUCUACUGUGGCUAUAUUGUUGGUGAAAGAUGGGCUGAUCUGAGUAUUUCUGUAACUGCUGAUCUGGGAUUUUCAACCACAACGGUCUCUAGAGUUUCCUCAGUAUGGUGCAAAAAAACCACACAAAAAUCAUCCAGUGUGCAGCAGUUCUGUGGACGGAAACACCUUGUUGAUGAGAGAGGUCAACAGAGAAUGGCUAGAUUGGUUCGAGCUGACAGAAAGACUACAGUAACUCAGAUAACUCUCCGAAUACACGUCAAGCCUUGAGUCAGAUGGGCUACAACAGCAGAGGACCACGCCAGGCACUUUCUUAUGACCAUAGUGUUUCUAAUAAAGUGGUCGGUGAGUGUGUUUCUUGAAUUAUUUUAAUGAGACGGGGUGGGGGGGUUAGAAUGAGCACAGAAGUCUGUAUUCAUAUAAAAUCAGUGUUUUAUUAUCCUGGUAAGUGUCUCUCAUAAAGCUCGUUACAGUUAAUAAAAUACAUCUGUACCCUGUAUGCCCUGGGUCGUGCAGCACCCCCACCCACCCCAAAUCCCUCCCCUAUAUAUGCAGGCACAUUUUUCAUGCAAAUUAAUUGGACAUGCAUUAAUCCCCAGACCCAAAACAUCCAUCACAGUCCCUUCUAUCCAUAUUCAGACCCCCUGCCCUGUGUUCAAGGUAAAGAUAAAUAGAAACCAAUGCAUUCUAUUGUGUUACAAAUAAUGGGCCCCUUACCAUUACGGUGCACCCAUGCCAUGAGUCUGGAUAGACCUCAACAAACUGAUAAAUCAAGCUGAUGUCAUUCUAGUUCUAAUAGAUAUGCCAAAUCUGGCAACUUUAAACAAUAGUAGAAAGAGGUGACAUUGUUGCUUUGUUUUGGCCACUAAUAAAACUGGUGCUGGUCAUUGUAUAGUAGCGAUGUUGGGGUGAUCUUGAUCCAUAGUCCAAAUCAAAGAGUAUUGUGAUUUAGUUAAGAAGCUUUUGCCUUCUUGGGCACCAGCCUCAAGAAAUGUCUGAAUUUUCUCACAAGAGUCUUUUCUUAUUAGGAUUGCAGAUAGAUAAAUAAAUACAUAAAUAACAUAAUUAAAUAAAUAGACGGGGAAAUAAAAGUGCAGUGUUCUUUGCUGUGAUAUAACCCAAAGAUUUUGAUAAGUAUUGUGAAUGCUGAACAAUGGGAAGAGCUAUGUCUUAAAGGAAGGCACGCAGGCAGGAUGGCUAAAGCUCUGUGUAUGUGUCUAUUUAUUCUAUAUAUGCAAACCACUUGGGCUGUCCAACAUAUUACAUUCCAACUCACCAAUCAUAGUCCAAACUGACAACUAACUGCACACCACCUCUUAAGUGCAGACUCAUUGACUGAUCACUAUUCUAAAUGUUAUGAUGGUUUGACUUUAGGACUGUUUGUUGAGCUCCUAUUUGUAUUCUUAUGAUUGUCUUGAGAAUGAUUGUUUUCUGUUUUAUUUAAAAGGGGGAAAGAGCAACAUGGACAACAGAAGAUGGUUAAUGAGGCUACUGCAUGCUAGAGUGCUUGGUAUGUCAUGCUUGUGUAUAGGGUCCAGAAUUAACACUUGCGAAGUAGUAAAUACAAAUGGUUUAUAUAUAUAUAUAUAUGCAACAUGAACUAUGUAUUGACUUGAAUCAGUACAAUACAAAUGGCCUCAGACUAUGACUGCCAUUGAAACAUUUCAAGCAAGAGAAAAUGUAUCAUAAACAGAUUAGCCAGGACAGUAAAAGUUGUUUUACUUUCAUAAUUCCAGACCUUCAUGUGGCAAUACAUUCGAGGAGUAGAUGUUGUGUAUAAUAUGUUAUUUCACGAAGAAACUGGUGCUGCAAUAUGAUGUGGCGAGUAUCAUAUAUACUGUGUGAGAUAUUUAUAUAUAUAUAUAUAUAUAUAUAUAUACACACACACACAGUGCUUUGAGAAAGUAUUCAGACCCCUUCAUUUUUUUUAACAUCAAUCUACACUCCAUACCCCAUAAUGACAAAGCAAUAACUAGAUUUUUGAUAAUUUUGCAAAUUUAUUAAAAAGAAAUAUCACACUGACAUAAGUAUUCAGACCCUUAACUACACCUUUGGAAGUAUUUACAGCCUCAAGUCUUUUUAGGUAUGAUGCGACAAGCUUUGCAUACCUGCAUUUGGGAAUUUUCUGCCAUACUUUGCAGAUCCUCUCCAGCUCUAUCAGGUUGAAUGGGGACCAUUGGUGGACAGCCAUUUUCCAACCUUGACCAGUCCCAGUCCCUGCCGUUGAAAAACAUCCCCACAGCAUGAUACUACCACCACCAUGCUUCACUGUUGAGAUGGUAUAUUGUGCAGGUGGUAAGCAGUGACUGGUUUCCUCCAGACAUGAUUCUUGGAAUUAAGGCCAAACAGUUUUCAUUUCAUUUCAUCAGACCGGAGAAUCUUGUUUUUCAUAGUCUGAGAGUCCUUUAGGUAUUUACACUCACCUAAAGUAUUAUUAGGAACACCUGUUCAAUUUCUCAUUAAUGCAAUUUUCUAAUCAACCAAUCACAUGGCGGUUGCUUCAAUGCAUUUAGGGGUGUGGUCCUGGUCAAGACAAUCUUCUGAACUCCAAACUGAAUGUCAGAAUGGGAAAGAAAGGUGAUUUAAGCAAUUUUGAGCGUGGCAUGGUUGUUGGUGCCAGACGGGCCGGUCUGAGUAUUUCACAAUCUGCUCAGUUACUGGGAUUUUUCACACACAACCAUUUCUAGGGUUUACAAAGAAUGGUGUGAAAAGGGAAAAACAUCCAGUAUGCGGCAGUCCUGUGGGCGAAAAUGCCUUGUUGAUGCUAGAGGUCAGAGGAGAAUGGGCCGACUGAUUCAAGCUGAUAGAAGAGCAACUUUGCCUGAAAUAACCAUUCGUUACAACCGAGGUAUGCAGCAAAUCAUUUGUGAAGCCACAACACGCACAACCUUGAGGCGGAUGGGCUACAACAGCAGAAGAACCCACCGGGUACCACUCAUCUCCACUACAAAUAGGAAAAAGAGGCUACAAUUUGCAAGAGCUCACCAAAAUUGGACAGUUGAAGACUGGAAAAAUGUUGCCUGGUCUGAUGAGUCUCGAUUUCUGUUGAGACAUUCAGAUGGUAGAGUCAGAAUUUGGCGUAAACAGAAUGAGAACAUGGAUCCGUCAUGCCUUGUUACCACUGUGCAGGCUGCUGGUGGUGGUGUAAUGGUGUGGGGGAUGUUUUCUUGGCACACUUUAGGCCCCUUAGUGCCAAUUGGGCAUCGUUUAAAUGCCACGGCCUACCUGAGCAUUGUUUCUGACCAUGUCCAUCCCUUUAUGGCCACCAUGUACCCAUCCUCUGAUGGCUACUUCCAGCAGGAUA